AUGGAAGCAGAGACUAGUCACCAAGACUGUAGAGAAUAUGAGGGUUUGAUUCGGGAAGAAGAGUUGGAGUGUGAGAGAGAGGAAGAGUUGUGAAGGGGGAUAUUUGAGAACAUUGUUGGGGAUUUUGAAGGGAUCGUCAAAUUUGCAUCGACUUGUGGAGUUAGGAUGGUGAGUCCUGAUGAGUUCUUUUUGUUUGGUAAAUUGAAGGAUAUUAGAAUUCCAGGCAUGAGAAGUGUUCAUAUAGGAAGACAAAAAUAUAAGAUUAAAGAUUUUUGAAUGCUCUUUCGUUAUUCUUUUCCAAAUAAAACCAGCAGAUUUACUCUGAGUUAUGGUUGGCUGAUUCCCUUUCCAAGAUAUUUUGUAGAUUUUAUUAGAAUUGCUCCUAGGAUUGAGCAUACGGUCACUCUGCAAGAUUUGAUUAUAAACAGAAAGCAGCUAAAAAGAUUAUUUGCUGCUCUCAAACAUUUGAGAUUAUUACAGCUCAUGAGAGUAAAGUUUUCAGUUCCUGAAAUUCCUGACUUCUCAAUGGCUCUGAGAAACACUAAGCUCGAAGAGUUUAAUUUCACGAGAUGAGGACAACCAAAUAGGGGCAACUGGAAGAAGAACAUAAAUGAAUUUGUCAACUUGAUCAAAGGCUUUUCUACUUCAGAUGAUUUGAAGAAAAGUUUGAAACUUAUCUCAGUGACCGGUUGUGGGCUCGAUGAAAUAUUUUCAAAGAAAUUACUGAAGGAUCAUGAUCUUGGACAUGUAAAGAUUAAAUUGUAGUUCAAUUUAAUUUCAGUAAAAA